AAAAAAAUUUAUAGAAUAUUUUUCAUAUUUCGCUACAUAUUUUUCUUUUCUACGCGAUUUCUCGGAAAUAAAAACUAUUUCAUAAAAUUUACACUACGUGUCCAGCGGUUUUCUAUCUGCUCUCCUUCCCCCAUACAUCAAGUUCUACAGCAAACACAUUUUCAACAAUAAAAAUGUCCGGAGAAAACACUCCAAGCAAAGUAAUCCUCGUCACCGGCGGAACUGGUUUGGUUGGUAGAGCUAUCAAAGCAGUGAUUGAAGAAGAGAAUAAUCCGAGUGAAAAAUGGGUAUUCCUCGGAUCCAAAGAUGGUGACUUGAGCGAUAAAGCAGCAACUGUAAAAAUAUUCGAAACUUAUAAGCCUACUCACGUUAUUCACCUUGCAGCCAUGGUUGGCGGAUUAUUCCAUAACAUGUCUCAUAAUCUGGACUACUUCAGGACUAAUUUUCUGAUCAACGAUAAUGUAUUAAACACUGCAUUUCAAACUGGAGUGGAAAAAGUAGUAUCAUGUCUAUCAACUUGUAUUUUCCCUGACAAAACGUCGUAUCCGAUCGACGAAACGAUGAUUCAUAACGGGCCUCCUCAUAACUCGAAUUUCGGUUACAGUUAUGCCAAAAGAAUGAUAGAUGUUUACAAUAGAGGAUACUCCGAGCAGUAUGGUAAAAAAUAUACCGCUGUUGUGCCUUGCAAUGUAUUUGGUCCGUAUGACAAUUACAAUUUAGAAAGUAGUCAUGUAAUUCCUGGCCUUAUUCAUAAACUGUACAACGCCAAGAAACAAGGUGCUAAUGAAUUUCACGUGCUGGGUACAGGCAAACCUCUGAGGCAAUUCAUUUAUUCUAUCGAUCUAGCUAAAUUAUUUUUAUGGGUUCUGCGAAAUUACGACGAAGUUGAACCAAUCAUCCUAUCAGUUGACGAGAAAGAUGAGGUUACGAUAGCUGAAGUUGCAGAAUUGAUCGCCAAAGCCAUUGGAUUUGAGGGAGAACUAAAAUAUGAUACGUCAGCAGGAAACGGUCAAAUGAAGAAAACUGCUAGUAAUGAUAAGUUGAGGAAGUUGAUGAAAGAAAAGUUUGAAUUCACACCUCUUCCUGAGGCGAUUAAAACUUCGGUGAAUUGGUUUGUUGAAAAUUACGACAGUGCAAGGCGGUAGAAUAUUUUAACGUCUAAAUUCGCUCAAAUUGUUAUUUUUAUAUUACUUUUUUUAAAACCGUUCUAAGUAAACAAUAAACAAGUUGUUUGAAAAUUA